UGCUCAUGCAUCAUGUGACAGCUGAGCUGAGCUCCAGCUAUACUUUUUGUUCUCUCGAGUUCACCCCAUCGGUGUCUCUGUGUGUGUGCGUGUCUUAUACUUGCCCGAGCGAGAAAGAGAGAGGGAGAGACCAGCCAAAAUGUCUUCUGCAAUGGAAUGCCUGACGAAGUUCAACCAACUCAUCCUCAUCAUUGUCAACAUCUUUGUUGCAUUACUGGGUAUCUGUGUGAUGAUUGUUGGAUCAUGGGCAAAGGCUGACAGCAAAGAGUUCUUCCUCAUAGCUGAUGACGACACGGAGUACACGCAGGUGUCAGUCCUGCUGAUUGUGGUAGGGAUCUUUGUUCUCAUCAUUGGAGUGGUUGGGGCUGUGGGGGCACUGUUUGCCAGCAAGGCCUUUGGUCGUAUCAUCCUCGUCGUGUAUGCCAUAUCCCUGGGACUGCUGGUAGUGUGUGAAAUAGCUGGAGGUAUCACUGCUGCUGUGGCCAGGAACAAGGUGGAGUCAGUGUUCAGAGACAGUGCCAACUCAACCUUCAGCAAGUACAAUGACUCCAGGGACUCUAGUGAGAGAGACACCUGGAACCAGUUUCAGAAAGACUUCAAGUGUUGUGGAGUAGAGAGCUACAAAGACUAUCGCACUGUCUUCAAGAACGACUCGGUCCCUGUCUCCUGUUGUGACUCCAGGAAAAUUGAUGAUGGAGAGAACUGUACAAUGGUGGUCCAGAAUGUCACGAACAAUGCCAACCAUUACAUCUACAGCAAGGGAUGUGCAGAUGCCAUUGUAGAUUCCAUCAGUAAAAACCUUGGAGUGAUUGCCGGAUGUGCCAUUGUCUUUGCCCUCUUCCAGGUAAGAGUUCACUGUAGACCACACCUACUUUUGGAUCACACCAUUAUGUCAGAGUUCACUGUAGACCACACCCACUUUAGCUAGACAACACCCCCUUGGGUCAUAGUUUACUCUCAACCUGUAGACACACCCCUUUGGGUCAGAGUUCAUUCACUGUAGACCACACCCACUUUAGCUCUCAACUUGUAGACAACACCCCAUUCUGUCAGAGUUUACUCUCAACCUUUAGGCAGCACCCCUUUGGGUCAGAGUUCAUUCACUGUAGACCACACCCACUUUAGCCUCAACAUGUAGACCACUGCCGGCCUUUAGGUCAGUGUUAAUGUGUACGCCAAGCCCCUUUAGGCCAUUAUGUGUAAAUUGAUACCAUUUCAACUCAGGAAGUUAAGACAUCCCAAUAUUAAGGAAGGCCCCAAGGGUAGUGUCCACAUACCAU